AUGAGGGAAGCGAAAUUUUUACGUGCGAUCGAGUGCCUUAAAAAAAAACCUGGAAUAGUUAUUUUAUUACUUCCGUGUCUACUUAUCGUAACACUUUAUUACAUUUCUGGUAAAUAUUCACCUCUUGAAAAUUACUUUCCUGAAAAGUUCUACAAUCCCGAGUAUGAAAUAGUGGAUGGUUAUUUAGUAUGGAAUCCCAAGUGCCAUAUGCUGUCGGAGAACCCGAUGGACGGCAGUAUAUCAAAAUAUGUAAAAAAGAAAAAAUUUGAACCAUGCUCGUCAAAGCCGUUGCUUAGUUCAAUUGUCAAAGAAGCUGACGGCAACUUUACUCUGGUGAUUGACUCAAAAGUCGCAAGUAGUUACAAGAAAUUUAUUUGUUGUUGGUCGUCGAUUAUCAGAACUGAGCCUAUUAAGCCUCUUACCGGGCUCUGGGAUUCUCAAGUCAAUAAAUCGCAUUGCGCUGAUUUUGAUGACAGAGUUCAAUUACCAUAUGACAUUGAGACAGUAAUGGUGUCAUGUAGAUCAAAAGAUAAGCCAAAGAACAAAAAAUCAAACAUACUUUACGAAAAUAUUCAUGCGAUAGUGAACCCUGCAAAGUUGGUGAAUCGUACGGAUUUUUCCGAACAAAAUAACAAUAAUAAUAAAAUAAGCGUUCUAGUAUUAGGUAUUGAUAGUGUAUCGAGACUUAAUUUCUUAAGAAGUCUUCCUCAAACGAGCAAAUACCUGCGUGAAACAGGAUGGACUCACCUCGCAGGCUACAACAAAAUGGGAGACAACACGUUUCCAAAUUUGAUGGCACUGCUCACCGGAAAGAACAGUUCUUCUGCGUACGCGGAUUGCCGUCCUCGAGAAGCGUACGGUUUGGACAACUGCCCGUUCCUGUGGUACGCCUUUCAACGCGCCGGGUACGUGACAGCCUACGGAGAAGACGAUAGCACCCUCAGUACUUUCAAUUAUCUAAAGACGGGAUUCGUCGAUCCGCCAACAGACUACUAUCUUCGGCCUUAUGUGGUGGCUGCAGAAAAAUUUUUGAAAGCCAAACACAAAUUUGGUUCCGAGUACUGCACAGGACCAGAAUUGGCUGUUGAUAGAAUUUUCAAUUACGCGUUAGAUUUCGCAGUGACAUUUUUGGACAGGCCAUACUUUGGUUUCUUUUGGACCAAUUCAGUGACUCACAAUGACAUGAACGGAGCCUCGUCAAUAGACUCUCAUCUGCUGGACCAGUUGGAGUAUCUAGAGCGACACGGUGUCUUCAACAACACUCUGGUGAUUCUUCUCAGCGAUCACGGAAUGCGUUGGGGUGAAAUUAGAAAUACAUUUGUUGGUUGGUACGAAGAGAGGCUCCCUUUUGUGUACCUCCGAGCCCCAGAUUCAUUGAAGAACUCGACAAAUUUCGAAAACUUGGACAUUAUUCAGGCGCUGAAGAUAAACGAGCACCGGUUAACUUCGCCCUUCGAUUUGCACGAGACCCUGAGGGACAUUUUGGCUCGUGCUGGAGGAAAAUCUAAUUCAAGUUCUGGGUGUCCCACUUGCCAAACUCUCUUCAGACCUGUACCGUAUGAACGUGGAUGUGAAGACGCUGGAGUAUCGCCUCACUGGUGUACUUGUACAGCCUUCAAUCCUCAGCCUCCAGACAGCAAAAUCGCCCAGCAAGGCGCUAAAACUUUUCUUUCGUACAUCGAAAGCGUGAUUAAGGAUUACAAGAAUGAAAAAGGAAAGCGCAUGUGUGCUAAAUUAAAGGUCAAAAAAAUUCAUAGGGUCAACCAGAUUGUUAAUUUUACCAAUACGAAUAUCACACUAGAGACUGAUGACACGGAAAAGUAUUUUUAUUUAAUUGAACUGAGCCCAGGAGGUGGGAUGUUUGAAACAACGGUAUUAUUUAACAAAAAUGGUGAUUCUAAAAUGACUGAAGAAGAAGUCAGUCGUAUUAACUCGUAUGCCAAGGAUUCUAAGUGCUUAGAAAAUGGUUACAAAAAAUAUUGUUACUGUAUUCAUUAA